GGACGAUUUCAGGAUUCAGUCUUUGCCGGCGUUUCGAACUGUUUGGACGUGUCAAGCGGACGAAAUCGAAUUCGGGAUAUCGGAAACUGUUGCCAGUGACAACUCCAUGCAAGUGGAGGCUUCUGCAUCCACCAUAAGGACCAAGGACCAAGCACACCAGGACGACCCCUCAGGAUUUUUGAAGCCAGGGGUCUGUGGCCAAGAUAACGAGGUGGCUAAACAACAUCAGAAACGACUGAACAUUUUCAAAUAGAAACAAAAAUAACUCCAACAAGGGGCUUAUUGAAAAGCUAAAUACAAGCAAAGCCACAGAGUAGCACUGCAUACAUAUAUUAAAAUUGGAAAAAUAAACAAGAAGGACACAAGGAGCUUCUGGAAAAAUAGACAAAAGCUAAACUCAGUUUUCCACAGCCUACAAAUUGCAUUUUCAUGCAACGAAAUGAGUUUAUUAGAGCUUCCUUGUAUUGUUCUGCCGAAAGUUGCGUUCCUGCUGGCGGCACUUGUAACCCCGGUCCUGGCCACAAGCGGCUUACGGGUGCCCACAUUCAUCCUGGAACCCGCUCCGCGGCUGCUCUUCGGCAACGACACGGGCGCCCAGGUGACCUGCACCGCCCACGGCAGCCCGCCGCCCCUUGUGUCCUGGGUGCUGCGCGACGGAUCGCUGGCCACCCAGGUGCCAGGACUCAGGAAAAUAUCUGGCAACGGCACACUGCACUUCCCACCGUUUUUGGCGCAAUAUUAUCGCACGGAUGUGCACGAGGCCACCUACAGAUGUCGGGCCAGCAAUGAGGCGGGCACCAUUUUGAGUCGCAACGUUCAGGUGCAGGCAGUGGUGCGUCGUCAGUUCCAUGUGCACGUGGAAAACACCGAAGUCUAUUUGGGAAAUUCGGCGUUGAUUAAGUGCGCCAUACCGGAAUACGUACGGCCCUAUGUGCGCGUGGCCAGUUGGCAUCGCGGCGAGGAGAUACUGCUCCCGGAUCUGUCGGAUGUUGCGGGUCGCUAUGUGGUCCUGUCCGCCUCCGGGGACUUGUACGUGCGCUCCGUGCGUUCUGAGGAUGCUCUUACGAAGUUUAGCUGCCUGGUGACCAACACUCUAAACGGAGAGCGACAACGUAGUGAUGCUGUGACGCUGCAGGUUAAAGAAUUGAGCAAGAAUUUGGCACCUCGUACUACCCAGAAACCUGUGAUGGAGAUACACGUGGAGCGUGGAAAUGAUGUUCAUCUACCGUGCAAUAUUCAGGGCAAUCCAUUUCCCAUAUUUACCUGGUAUCGGGUUUCCGACUCGGCUGCCCUCUACCCGAUACCCUCGUCACAGAGAGUGAUACUUUCGCGUACAUUGCUGCUCAUCAAAAAUGCUGACGAACGCGAUGCGGGCAAGUGGAUUUGCCAGGCCUCAAAUCAAUUCGGGGAGCAGCGCAUCGAAAUCCGCCUCAGUGUCAAUUCCUAUGUGUCUGUGCAUAUAUUGCCGCAAGUUCAAAUUGUCAAUUCGGGCGGAACGGCAAAUUUCAAUUGUACGACAACGGGUUCAGCGAUCGAUGCCAUCGACUGGCUGCACAAUGGCAAACCGCUGCAGGCGAAUAAUGCACUCACCACCGGGAGGGAUAACAUACGGUUCCUGUCGAAGAGCUCGCUCCUGGUGCAAAACGUCGGGCGACGCGACCGCGGUGUCUAUCAGUGUCUGGUGGAAAAUCAACGCGCCAGUGCCCAGGCGAUGGCUGAGCUGAAGCUGGGCGACACUGUGCCGGAAUUGAUUUACACCUUCAUUGAGCAGAACGUGCGUCCGGGACCAUUAAUAUCGCUUAAGUGCUCCGCCAGCGGCUCACCUCCACCGCAAUUCGCCUGGCUGCUGGACUCGCAGCCCAUCAUGGAUGUCUCGCUGCAUCAUCGGUUUGCCAUCGGACAAUUUGUCGAUAUGUCCGGCGAUGUGAUAAGCCAUUUAAAUAUCUCGCACGUGCGACCCGACGACGGAGGCCUAUACAAGUGCGUGGCCAGCAACUCGAUGGGCAGUGUUCAGCACUCGGCCCGGCUGAAUGUUUACGGACCUCCUUAUGUUCGAGCCAUUGGACCGAUCAAAGCAGUCGCCGGAGAGGAUAUAAUUGUUCAUUGUCCGUUUGCCGGUUAUCCCAUUGAGCAGAUUAGAUGGGAGAAGGCGCACCAGGAAUUGACAACGAACAGUCACUACGAGUUGGCCUCUGUGGCCGAGGGCGGGCAGUUGGUCAUCAAGAAUGUGGAGCCCGGACGGGAUCAAGGUAUCUACACGUGCAUCGUACGUAGUCGAGCUGGCGAGGAGGCGAGGCGGGACAUGCAAUUGAAUGUGAACAGUCCGCCCGUCAUCGAGCCCUUCAAGUUCCCCAAGAAUCUGCAGGAGGGUGGACGGGCCCAAAUCACCUGUGCGGUCUCCUCCGGCGACAUGCCCAUAUACUUUGGAUGGAAGAAGGACGACAGCUCCAUUCCCAGCAGUUUGCAGAUUACCGAGAAGAAGGAAGAGUUCUACUCACUGCUGGUCUUCAAGGAUAUCAGUGCGAAGCACAGUGGCAAGUAUACCUGCUAUGCCAGCAAUGCUGCCGCUAAGGUGAACUUUACGGCGGAGCUUCAGGUGCGAGUGGCGCCUCGGUGGAGCUACGAACCAAUGGACACGGCCACUAUGCUGGGCAACACAAUAUCGAUAAAUUGCGAGGCGGAAGGAUAUCCGAUUCCAGCUAUUACCUGGUUCAAAGGGCAGGGCAAGACAUCAAAGGACUUUAAGCCGCUGAAUAUGAGAAAUCAUUCGCUGGUUCUGAACUUAGCCACGGACAACGAUGAGGGAUACUACAUGUGUCAAGCAACCAAUGAAAUUGGAGCUGGCCUUAAAAAGACAAUACGCAUUAAUGUCAAUGAGCCCGCCCGUUUUGAACAGCCCGCCCGGAAUAUAAGCUCUCGCCGGAAUGAUCCUGUGACCUUAGAUUGCCAUGCCAAGGGUGAUGAACCCAUCACUAUUGGUUGGACCCACAACAAUGGCCGAAUUGACUUGAAUAACUUUAGGUUUAGCAUUGCGGAAAUGAAAACCGAUAAGGGCGUCGAUUCUCAAUUAACAAUCGGACACUCGGAUCGCCAUGAUUCGGGCGUUUAUCGCUGCAUAGCUGAAAAUCCCUACGGAAGGGCGGAGCAAAUUAUUUUUCUGGCAGUGCAAGAACGACCAGAUACUCCUUCAAAUUUGGACAUAUUCGAAGUGGGUUCACGGACAGUAAAGCUGAGCUGGCGGCGGCCUUUUGACGGAAAUUCACCGGUGCUUAGUUAUUUGGUCCAAUAUCAGGCGCUCAAGUAUCUUCAGUCCCAUGUGGGUGGAGCUGGAGGAGAUUGGAACGGGCAGAAUGUGAUCAAUGUCAGUCUUCCAUCAACGAGUAUUAGUCGAAGUUAUGACAGCGACCUGCGGGAAAGUGCUAUUGUGGCGGGUCUGACACCUGCGACUACCUUCCUGAUUCGUAUGCAAGCCAUUAACGAGAUCGAGAGAAGCGCCUACACAGAGGCCAUCGUCCUGAAGACCCAGGAGGAGGCCCCCACUGAAGCUCCUUCCAAUGUGCAAGUGCAAACAGGCGGUGAAAGUGAGCUAAUUAUUACGUGGCAGAUUCCGCCACGGGAGUCUUGGAAUGGGGAGCUUAUUGGAUACACCGUGAACUGCAGUGAGGAGAAGCAGAACAUAAACUACAUCAGUGUGGUGAACAACUCCCUGAAGUCCACAAUUGUCAGUGGCUGGGCAACGACCAAGGCGACAUUGCGGGGGCUGAGGAAGUACACCCGCUAUGCGGUCACCAUCCGGGCGAUGAACAGCUUCGGGUCCGGGCCGUGGAGUGCUGCGAUUUUCGGUACAACUGCAGAGGGAGUUCCGGAGGCAGCGCCUCAAAACGUGAACUGCACUGCCUUGUCAUCGCAGAGUUUGAAGAUUUCAUGGCAGGAGCCACCGCUCCAGUUUCACGGCGGCAUCAUACAGGGCUAUAAAAUUUUAUAUCGCCCAAUUGUGCAUCAAAUUGACUUUCCGGCUAAGCUGGAAAUCAAACGCACUUCAAACCUGGAGACAUAUCUGCACACUCUGCACAAGGCCAGCAACUAUUCAAUACGAGUUUUGGCCUACACAGCCACCGGGGAUGGACUGGCUAGCCUGCCCCUAUACUGCCAAACGGAUGACGACGUGCCGGAUGCUCCAUCAGCCAUCAAGGCGGCUGCUCUUACAGCGGAUUCGAUUUUGAUUUCGUGGCUUACGCCAAAGAAUCGAAAUGGAAUCAUUUCGCACUACACGGUUUACGCACGGGAAGCAGGUCGCAAGGGCCAGGCUAAAACUCACAUGGUGCGUGUCGAUGAGAACGGCUACCCGGUGAUAUUCGAGGCACGUAGCCUGGCCGAGAAUCAAAUGUACGAGUUCUGGGUAUCGGCCUCCACAUCCGUCGGGGAGGGCGAGCCUACUUCGGUGAUUGCCCAGGCAACCAAUACAAGAGCCCCCGCACGCAUCGCGUCCUUUGGUCAGGUCGUUCGGAAAGCUGUGGGUACAGCUCUGGUGUUGGAGUGCCUGGCAGUGGGGAAUCCCACUCCUCGAGCUCGCUGGCUGACCCGGGAUCGUCCUGUCACUUUUAGUCCCUUCUACGAGGUCACUAACGAGGGAAACCUAAAGAUACACCGCGUGGAAGGUAGUCUUUCCGGAAAUUACACCUGCACGGCGAACAACCUCUUUGGAAGUGACGAGAUCCAAUACCAGGUGAUUGCGAUGAAGCCACCGGCCGCACCGCAAAUCAUCGUGCAGUAUGCUUCCGCCGACAGCAUACGGGUGAGCUGGGAUGCGCCCGACGACGGUGGAGCUCCGCUCCAGGGAUACAGCAUCUCGUACCACACGGCCGGCGAGAGUUGGUCCAACACCGAGCUACUGCCGGAGAAUAAUGCCUACACGAUAUCGGGAUUGAAGUGCGGAAAUCAGUACAUUAUAAAAAUGUCCGCUCACAAUAUGGUGGGCUCUGGGGUGGCCAGCGAGGAAAUUAAUGUCUGGACGAAAGGCAAAGCUUCCCAGGCACCGAAUGGCAACGAACUAAUUGCCACAAAUGCGACGUGCGUGAAUUUGAAGUUGUCAUCGUGGCACAACGGCGGCUGUGGCAUCCAUCAUUUCUCCAUCGAGCACCGACCUCUGGGCGACAUACGGUGGACAGUCGUCACAUCGGAUAUUUCGAACGCCGAGGAAAAUCGUGAAAAUUUAAUUUUCUGCGACUUUCUGCCAGCCAAGUGGUAUCAGCUGCGCAUCUCAGCUACCAAUGAUGCGGGAAAGACGACGGAGCAUUAUCAUUUCAGCACCACGAGCAUCGAUGGCAUCACCAUUCCGCCACCUCCGGUUUUCCCCUCGGAAAACGAUUUGAUGAACAAUCUGAUAAACGCAACAAAUCCAACCAGCGGUGAUUGGUUCUCGACGCUAAUUGUUGUUGUCAUCAUCACCGUUUCCAUCAUCACGAUAGCUCUGACCAUCAAGCAUCGACGCACCUUGUGCGGACCGAUUGCUGAGGGCUACGAGUCCAGGGCGUUGCCCGGGGACUACAAGGAGGACCACGAGAACCGACGCAAUCAGCAAGUAUACAGCGCCUCACCAGUAAAGACGGUGGACAAGAGCAAUGAGUCCGAAAUGUACGAAAUUUCGCCGUAUGCCACAUUCAGUGUGAAUGGCGGACGGACAGGAGCUCCUGCUAAAACGCCUACACGUGCUGUGGCGGCUCAAACGCCCCUUGACUACACCAUGCAGUUCAAGACAUUUGGCCAUCCGGAGGGUGACAACCUGAAUGCCACCGCCUAUCCCUUGUUGCCUAGCUCCGGAUUUGGGCAUGUGAAAAGUAAAUCCAGUUGGCACAAGCAGCGCUACUACAACACAGAAGAUGAGUCCACGCUGAGCAAGUCCAUGACCAUUGUUGCCGGCUCUCAAGCUGGCCAUUCAAAGAAAUCCAGUGGGGGAAGGAGCGUUAAGAACAGCGCUACAUGCAGCGGUGUGGUGGCUGAGUCUGAGUCGGACACGAGCAUCAGUCCUAGUACCGAGUUCUCCAACAUGCCAACCUAUCGAGUGCCCUGCAAGUCAUCGCGCAGCAGCGAUGGUCGUGCGGUUGUAGAUAUGUUCCGGCCGGAUUCAAGUACUGAGUCCAACAACGAUCAAGGCUCCCCGGGUCCGGAGAGGCGACACAACACCCCACGCCACAUCCUGGGAAUGGGCAUGGGAAUGGGAAUGGGCAUGAGCGGAGGCGGCGGCGGAGGCGGUGGCGGGGCCCCGGGUGAGAAGCGGAGCGGAGGCCAACGCAGUCGAAAACAUGGAAGCGGGCCUCAGCAGUCCAGCAACCAAACGUUGGAGCGAAGAAAGUGCCCUGGUAGUAGCAACAGCGUAGACAGUGAGGUCGAUGCCGAGACCGCAGCCUCGUUGGCCGCCUCCAUAGCCGCUAUGGCGGGGGCGGAGCUCUCCGGCGGAUUCCGACCACCGGCAGGAUUUCACGACGGACGGGAACUAGGCGACCAGAGCGAUUGCGAGCGGGAGCAGCGGGCACUUGACCUGGAGGUGCAGCGGGUAAUGGAGAGCACCGGGGACGCUCAGCUGGCCAAGAUGGAUCGCGAAGAGUUGACCUCACUGUUGGCAAGCGUCUACCUACCCCGAACUUGAACAUGAUAUUGCACUUGAUCCAAUGCAAAUACUAACCGCAACUGGUAACCCUAGGUAUCACGAGAAGAAGGAACAGGAACGCCAAGAAUACACGAUACACGUAUAAUAAUUCUCACUGUACUUGGCCCACUCAAACUACACACACGAUGACAUAAAAACUGUGGCAUUUAAAAGCAUUUAGCACAAAACACGACUGCUAAUGGCAAAAUAAACUAAUUUGUAAAUAAUUGAAUAGCUGUUUAUACCGUAUUUUUUACCAUCUCACUCUAAAUAAUACUUGGAGUCUAUAAAAAUGUAUACUUUUAAAACCCUAAAAAGUUGAGGUGCAAUAUUAUUCAAAGGUUCUAACCAAGAACUUGUGGACCUGUUUAGCAUUUGUUUAUUUCAUUAUUUUUAUAGACUUCUCGAAUGAAUCACUCGUUGGAAAACUCUUUGUCUAUUUUUAAAAAAGUGUCAUAUAAAAUAAACAUUGCGUAAAGACGUUUGAAUUUUCAAAAUUUGUUUGAAAUCAGGCACCGAAGUUCUCGCACACUCGAGCAAAUUGAAGACUAUAUCUAAUUAUAGAAAUCUUACAGACUAAUUAUAACUGCUGUUGCAAGCAAUUUCUAUUGAUAUUGAAACGGAUAAGAGUACUGAGAUGACUUGAACUGUAUCUGCUAGCUAGUAAUACUACCAAAAUAAUAUAUACACAUUUAAGCAUACAUAUUUGCAUAUACAUAUGUAAUUCCAUUUGUUGUGAUAAAUUAAAUUGUUCUGGAGUACUCUUUGAUGUAAAAAACAUGUCAGGUUAAUGAACUACAUAACUCGAUUGACACUUUUGGAGCACCCAUAAAUGAUGUUUAUUUCAUCGAUGUCAUUUGGUUUUUAAGGACAUAUUUUCAUUCACUUGUGAAAAAGAAAUUUUACAAAAAUCUGUUACUGCAUUUAUUGAAUAACCAAAAUAAUUAUGGAAUUUAAUUAAAAGUAGAUAAUCAACAAUUAAAUUGUAUGGCUACCAUAGGUAAAAUAUAUUAAAUAUAUAUAUGAAAUACACCUAAACUCAAAUAUGUGCGAGUGUACGAAUGAAAUGCUGCAGACACCGAAAACCAAAUAUCGGUAAAUUAAUUAAAUAAAAGAGUGUAAAAAUAAA